AAACAACAGAGCGCAGAGACUAAAAGGCUAAAAUGGAGAGGCUGACAAUUAUUCUGUUGGGAAAGCAAGGAGCAGGGAAGAGUGCAUCAGGAAACACUCUUCUGGGUUGCCCUGCAUUUCACACAGCGCCCAGCUCAGAGCGAGUUACUCGAGCUUGUUCAAUGAGCUUCUUCACUGUGGACAAUCAAAAAAUCAAAGUUAUUGACACUCCGGGAUGGUGUGAUUCUUCACAGUUUCAGACUGAAAUGAAGCAGAAUAUCAUCGAAUUUGUCAUCAAUUGCAAGCCACAUGUGUUUCUCUUAGUGCUGCCUAUUGGCAGGUUUACCAAUGAAGAGAUAAAAACAGUCAUGAACAUCCUGAAGGAGUUUGGGGAUGAAGUCAUCAAAUACAUGAUUGUGCUGUUCACCAAAGAGGAUGAGCUGGAGAAGAGACCUAUUGAAGACUACCUGGAAGAACUUCACUCAGAUUUGAAAAAACUUAAUUCAGGUAUGUGGAGAAAGAUACCAUGUCUUUAACAACAGAGAAAAAAAAGAUCGCCAUCAAGUCUCUUCACUUCUAAAAAAGAUGAAUGAGAUUGUGGAGAAGAAUGAAGAAAAACGUUACACCGAAGCUACGUAUAACUUGAAAAAGAAAGAAGUGCCAGAAAACAGAAAACGUCCUGAGGAAAAUGAAAAACGUGAUGAUGACCUAGUCAGCAGGUGUGAUGCUACUGAUAAAGAGAAAGGGGAGAAGAAGAAUUGAAUGACAGUAAAGAGCUAGAAGAGUUAAAGCAGAAACUUCAUGUGCUAAUUAAAGACAUGGAAGACAUGGACCAGCAGAAGAAGGACAUCCAGCAACUGCAAGGAGAGUUAAAAACAGUGCAAGGAGAACUGGAAAAAACAAAAAAAGACCUAGACCUGCUUCAGAAGAAAAUUGAAUGAAAAUUACAACAGGAACAUAGUUUUAAAAUUUAAAGUAAUCUGCUGUAUUAGGUGCACAGAAAUAAAUAUUGUGCAGUGAAAUUUGGCAUCUUUAAUCAGGUAAACUAUA